CAACUCGCAACUGACUUACUCCAGGUCGAAGAGCUUGACUGAUUGACAAGUCACUGCUGAAUUUAAACAAACCCUCUGCACAUGUACCCACACUCGGCAGCGGAGUGGCGAUAGAGCGAGUCGGUCAAAAGUCGGUGAGGUCAAAAUGAGUUGAUGUCAGGAGGAACAAGUCAGUUAAGGAGCCAUGAACAAGUUGGCUGAAGCUUUCAAUUCAAUUCUAUCCUUCUCCACAGCUCCCUCUCCUCGACUUGACACUUCCACCGAUACUCCCUCUCAACUCCCUCCUGCCCGCCGAAGAGAUAUCUACGAUGAUCCUCGUUCACCUCAUGAUCCCCCAAUCGAUACUUACACUUCCCAGAUCCCUCCCAAAAAUGUCUUUCUUCAACCUGGAAGACCAGUACCUCAGCGGAGAAUAACAGAUUGGGAUGUCACACGGACCAACAGUCCCGCGCCUACUGUCAAAGGGGAGAGAGACGUUGAGAGAGAUAAGAGUGUGAGAGUCAAUCUGUUGGUUAGUGCUGGAUGGAAGAGAGGAUGGGGAGUGAGUCCCAGUGCUGGAGCGGGAAGAUUGACUGCUAUGGCAAGUGGUUCGGAUGGAUUGUACGCAGUAGGUGGUGGACAAUAUCUCAGAAUCCUGAAAGUGGCUAGUGAGGGCCUUCCAGGUGUCGGCGACUAUACCCCUCACUUGAACCCAUACAACGACUCCAAAUAUGGCUCUCUCCUCGGCCGAGGACCAGGUGGAGCGACAGUACACGAGAUGGCCAAUCUUUGGGAGAGCUCUUGGUCAGUCAGUAAAGGUGUCACGGAUGUAGAUUGGGGCGUUGCUGGAUUUGAUAACAAGAUCGUUACUUCUUCUCCUUGUGGAAAUUUCUUCAUCUUCGACUCGGUCAGAGGCAAACUUGACAGGGAAGUCAACGCUGGGCAUUUACGAGCCAUGAACUGUAUCAAAGUAUGCAAACAUCCCGCUCAGGCUCAUUUACUUUUGACAGGUAGUACAGAAGGUCUUGUCAAGCUUUGGGAUUUGAGAGACAGAAAUCCAGUACAUCGUAAACACUUCAAGCAUAGCGUUUCUGUCACUUCCCUCGCACUGUGUCCCGAUAAUUCGAAUCAUUUUGUCGUCGGUUUGGACAAUGGCGGAAUACAUAGAUACGAUCUUCGGGCGACUCAUCGGUUCAGUCGCGUGCUUGGGGCGCAUGGGAGUAAACCCGUUUUGGAUCUCAAGUGGAAGACUGGGGGUGAGGGAUCAAAAGGCUGGUUAGCCAGUGCCGGGGCGGAUCGAACUGUUCAGGUAGGC